CGCUGCAGCUCGCACCUCACCUGCAGGGAGGGGCCUCCCAGAAACUGCCUUCCUGGUGCCCAGUUGCCCCACCUCGCCAGAGCCCAACCGACCAGCCAGCGAAGACGCACGCCCGCUGCCCACCUGCCUUCCUCCUCCAGCUGAGCCCAGUCUGAGCUGGCACCUGCCUUACGACCAUGUUCAAGGGGCUGAGCAAAGGCUCCCAGGGGAAGGGGUCCCCCAAGGGGUCCCCAGCCAAGGGCUCUCCAAAGGGCUCCCCCAGCAAGCACAGCCGGGCUGCCACCCAGGAACUGGCCCUGCUCAUCUCCCGCAUGCAAGCCAAUGCCGACCAGGUGGAGAGGGACAUCCUGGAGACGCAGAAAAGGCUGCAGCAGGACCGGCUGAACAGUGAGCAGAGCCAGGCCCUGCAGCACCAGCAGGAGACGGGCCGCAGCCUGAAGCAGGCCGAGGUGCUGCUCAAGGACCUCUUCCUGGAUGUGGACAAGGCCCGGCGGCUCAAGCACCCGCAAGCCGAGGAGAUUGAGAGGGACAUCAAGCAGCUGCACGAGCGGGUGACUCAAGAGUGUGCUGAGUACCGCGCCCUGUACGAGAAGAUGGUGCUGCCACCUGCCGUGGGGCCCAGGGUCGACUGGGCACGCGUGCUGGAGCAGAAACAGAAGCUAGUCUGCGAGGGCAGAUACGGGCCAGGAAUGGGGGAGCUGGAGCAGCAGGUCGCCGAGCACAACAUUCUGCAGAAGGAGAUCGAGGCCUACGGGCAGCAGCUGCGGAGCCUCGUGGGGCCGGAUGCCACCGCCAUCCGGAACCAAUACCGGGACCUACUGAAGGCGGCCUCGUGGCGCGGGCAGAGCCUGAGCAGCCUGUACACGCACCUGCAGGGCUGCACGCGGCAGCUGAGUGCCCUGGCCGAGCAGCAGCGGCACAUCCUGCAGCAGGACUGGAGUGACCUCCUGGCUGACCCUCCAGGCGUGCGGCGGGAAUAUGAGCACUUCAAGCAGUACGAGCUGCUGAGCCAGGAGCAGAGUGUGAACCAGCUGGAGGACGACGGAGAACGUAUGCUGGAGCUGGGGCACCCGGCCGCCGGGCCCAUCCAGGCCCACCAGGAGGCCCUGAAGAUGGAGUGGCAGAACUUCCUGAACCUGUGCAUCUGCCAGGAGAGCCAGCUGCAGCGUGUGGAGGACUACCGCCGGUUCCAGGAAGAGGCCGACUCGGUCAGCCAGACCCUGGAGAAGCUCAACUCCAACUUGGACGCCAAGUUCAGCACUGCCCCUGGGAGCCCCCCUGGUGCCCACCCAGAGCUGCUGCAACAGCUGGAGGCAGAGGAGAAGAAGCUGGCUGUGGCCGAGAGGGCCCUUGGGGACCUGCAGCAGCGGAGCCAGGAAGUGGCCCCUCUGCCGCAGCGCAGGAACCCACCCAAGCAGCCUCUGCACGUGGACAGCCUCUGCGACUGGGAUUCAGGAGAAGUGCAGCUGCUGCGGGGAGAGCAGUACACGCUGAUGGAUAACACUGACCCGCACACCUGGGUUGUGCAGGGUGCUGGUGGAGAGACCAAGAGUGCCCCAGCCGCCUGCUUCUGCAUCCCAGCACCCGACCCUGAGGCCGUGGCCAGGACCUCUAGGCUGACCUCAGAGCUGCAGGCCCUGAAGCAGAAAUUGGCCAUGGUCCAGAGCCACCUGAAGUCCAGUACUGUGGAGCCUUUACAGCCUGGCCAGCAAGCUCCUGCUGGCUCGGCCCCAGUUGACCCACAGGCCCAGAAGCUCCUGACGCAGAUGACCCGACUAGACGGGGACCUGGGGCAGAUAGAGAGGCAGGUGCUGGCCUGGGCCCGGGCCCCGUUGAGCCGCAGCACCCCACUGGAGGACCUGGAGGGCCGUAUCCGCAGCCACAAGGGCACAGCCCAGCGCCUGCAGAGCCUGGGAGCCGAGAAGGAGGCUGCUCAGCAGGAAUGUGAGGCAUUUCUGUCGGCACAGCCCGUGGGCCCCACCACCCUGCAGCUGCCCGUGGCCCUCAACAACGUCAAGAACAAGUACAGUGACGUGCAGGUUCUGUGCAGCCUCUAUGGGGAGAAAGCCAAGGCUGCCCUGGGUCUGGAGCAGCAGAUCCAGGAUGCGGACAGGGUCAUUCGAGGCUUUGAGUCCACUCUGGCAAAAGAGGCCCCCAUCCCUGCUGGCCCCGGGGCACUGCAGGAGAGAAUCAACGAGCUGCAGCGCCAGCGGAGGGAGCUGCUGGAGCAGCAGACCUGCGUGCUGGGGCUGCACCGCGAGCUGAAAGCUGCCGAGCAUGCGUGCAGUGCACUGCAGAACAACUUCCGUGAGUUCUGCCCAGACCUGCUGCGCCAGCAACGCCAGGUGCGAGCCCUCACCGACCGCUACCAUGCUGCGGGGGACCAGCUGGACCUGCGGGAGAAGACGGUGCAGGAUGUUGGCCUCACCUACCAGCAGUUCAAGAACUGCAGGGACAAUCUGAGCUCCUGGCUGGAGCACCUACCCCACAACCAGGUGCAGCCCAGGGACGGGCCCAGCCAGAUUGCCUACAAGCUGCAAGCACAGAAGAGGCUGGUGCAGGAAAUCCAGGGCCGAGAGCAGGACAGGGCCACGGCGUCCCGUCUCUCCCAGGAGCUGCAGGCAGCGCUCCAUGACUAUGAGCUACAGGCAGACACCUACCGCUGCUCCCUGGAGCCCACCCUGGUGAUGCCAGCCUCCAAGAGGCCCCGUGUGGCUCCCCUGCAGGAGAACAUCCAGGCCCAGGAGAAGAACCUUGCAAAGGCCUAUACUGAGGUUGCAGCUGCACACCAACAGCAGCUGCACCAGCUGGAGUUUGCUAAAAAGAUGCUGGAGAAGAAGGAGCUCAAUGAGGACAGCCAGGUGACCCACGAUGCAAAGCAAGGCUCUGAGAGCCCAGCCGGAGCUGGAAGGGAGUCAGAGGCCCUGAAGUCCCAGCUGGAGGAAGAGAGGAAGCGGGUGGCCCAGGUGCAGCGUGAGCUGGAGGAGCAGAGGCGCCAGCUGCUGCAGCUGAGGACUCAGCGGCCCUUGGAGAGGCUGGAGGAGAAGGAGGUGGUGGAGUUCUACCGGGACCCCCAGCUGGAGAGCAGCCUGUCCAGGGUGAAGUGCCAGGUGGAGGAGGAGGGCAAGCGGCGGGCUGGCCUGCAGGCAGAUCUGGAGGCGGUGGCCCAGAAGGUCGUCCAGCUGGAGAGCCAGAGGAAGACCGUGCAGCCUCAUCUGCUGACCAAGGAGGUCACCCAAAUCGAGAGGGACCCCAGCAUGGACAGCCAGGCGGCCCAGCUCAGCAGCGAGAUCCAGCAGCUACAGGGGGAGGACGUCAUUGUCUCGGCCCGGCUGGAAGAGCUAAAGAAGGAGCUGCUGGCCCUUGAGCAGAGGGAGGCGAACGUGCAGGAGAAGGUCGUGGUGAAAGAAGUGGUCAAGGUGGAGAAGGAUCUGGAGAUGGUCAAGGCAGCCCGGGCUCUGAGGCUGCAGAUCAAAGAGGAUGCUGCACGUAGGAAGGGGGCGGAGGAGGCCGCAGCCAAGCUGCAGGCUCGCAUCGAGGACCUGGAGCGGGCGAUCAGCUCAGUGGAGCCCAAGGUCAUCGUGAAGGAGGUAAAGAAGGUGGAGCAGGACCCGGGCCUUCUCAGAGAGUCCUCCAGGCUGCGAAACCUGCUCGAAGGAGAGAGGAAGAAGAACGCGACACUGGCCAGGGAGCUGAGGGAGCUGCAUGGCCAGUACAGCGUGGUGGAGAAGCAGAAGCCCAAGGUGCAGCUCCAGGAGCGGGUCAACGAGGUCUUCCAGGUGGAUCCGGAGACAGAGCAGGAGAUCGCGCGGCUCAGGGCUGCGUUGCAAGAGACCGCCAGCAAGAGGAGCAGCGUAGAGAAGGAGGUGCAGACGCUGCUGCCCGAUCUGGAGGUCCUGCGGGCCCAGAAGCCCACGGUGGAGUACAAGGAGGUGACCCAAGAGGUCGUGAGGCACGAGAGGAACCCGGAGGUGCUGCGCGAGAUCGACCGCCUGAAGGCCCAGCUCAAUGAGCUGGUCAACAGCGACGGGCGCACCCAGGAGCAGCUCAUCCGGCUGCAGGGGGAGCGCGACGAGUGGAGACGGGAGCGGUCCAAAGUGGAGACCAGGACAGUAAGCAAGGAGGUGGUGCGCCACGAGAAGGACCCGGUGCUGGAGAAGGAGGCCGAGCGGCUCCGCCAGGAGGUGCGGGAAGCAGCCCAGAAGAGGCGGGCUGCCGAGGACGUGGUCUACGAGCUGCAGAACAAGUACCUGCUGCUGGAAAGGAGGAGACCUGAGGAGAAGGUGGUGGUCCAGGAGGUGGUGGUCACCCAAAAGGACCCGAAGCUGCGCGAUGACCACAGCCGGCUGAGCCGGAGCCUGGAUGAGGAGGUGGGCCGGCGGCGGCAGCUGGAGCGCGAGGUGCAGCAGCUGCGGGCCGACGUGGAGGAGAAGGACGGCCUGCUCAGCUUCCAGGAGGACCGCAGCAAGAAGCUGGCCGUGGAGAGGGAGCUGCGCCAGCUGACCCUGCGGAUCCAGGAGCUCGAGACGCGGCCCCCGGCGGUGCAGGAGAAGAUCAUCAUGGAGGAAGUGGUGAAGCUGGAGAAGGACCCGGACCUGGAGAAGUCCACGGAAGCCCUGCGGAGGGACCUGGACCAGGAGAAGACGCAGGUGACAGAGCUGCAUCGGGAGUGCAAGAACCUGCAGGUCCAGAUCGAUGUCCUCCAGAAAACCAAGCUGCAGGAGAAGACCAUCUAUAAGGAGGUGAUAAGGGUGCAGAAGGACCGCGUGCUGGAGGAUGAGAGGGCCCGGGUGUGGGAGAUGCUCACCAGGGAGCGCACAGCCCGGCAGGGCCGGGAGGAGGAGGGGCGGCACCUGCGGGAGCGGAUCGACAGGGCCGAGGCCCUGGGGAGGACCUGGUCCCGGGAAGAGGCCGAGCUGCAGAAGGCCCGAGACCAGGCAGCCCAGGAGUGCGGGCGCCUGCAGCAGGAGCUGCGGGAGCUGGAGAGGCAGAAGCAGCAGAAGGCACUGCAGCUGCAGGAGGAGUCGGAGCUGCUCAGCCAGAAGACGGAGAGCGAGCGGCAGAAGGCGGCCCAGCGCGGCCAGGUGCUCUCGCAGCUGGAGGCGGCCAUCCUCCACGAGAAGGACCAGAUCUACGAGAAGGAGAGGACCCUCCGGGACCUGCACACCAAAGUGAGCCGGGAGGAGCUCAGCCAGGAGACCCAGACACGGGAGACCAACCUGUCCACCAAGAUCUCCAUCUUGGAACCCGACACAGGGAUGGACAUGUCCCCGUACGAGGCCUACAAGAGGGGCAUCAUCGACCGAGGCCAGUACCUGCAGCUGCAGGAGCUCGAGUGCGACUGGGAGGAGAUCACCACUUCAGGCCCUUGCGGGGAGGAGUCCGUGCUCCUGGACCGCAAGAGCGGGAAGCAGUAUUCCAUCGAGGCCGCCCUCCGCUGCCGGCGCAUCUCCAAGGAGGAGUACCACCUGUACAAGGACGGCCACCUCCCCAUCUCUGAGUUUGCCCUGCUCGUGGCGGGGGAGACCAAGCCCAGCUCCUUGCUGUCCCUUGGCUCCAUCAUCUCGAAGUCCCCUCUCACCUCCCCAGCAUCCCAGAGUACUGGUUUCUUCUCCCCCGGUUUCUGUCUCGGGCUCAGUGAUGACAGCUUCCCCAUAGCCGGGGUCUAUGACACCACCACCGACAACAAGUGCAGCAUCAAGACAGCUGUGGCCAAGAACAUGCUGGACCCCAUCACCGGGCAGAAGCUGCUGGAGGCCCAGGCAGCCACAGGGGGCAUCGUGGACCUCCUCAGCCGUGAGCGCUACUCCGUGCACAAGGCCCUGGAGAGGGGGCUGAUCGAGAACACCUCCACACAGAGGCUGCUCAAUGCCCAGAAGGCCUUCACUGGCAUCGAGGACCCUGUCACCAAGAAAAGGCUGUCGGUGGGCGAGGCUGUCCAGAAGGGCUGGAUGCCCCGAGAGAGCGUGCUCCCGCACCUGCAGGUGCAGCACUUGACUGGGGGGCUCAUCGAUCCCAAGAGGACAGGCCGCAUCCCCAUCCCCCAGGCCGUGCUCUCCGGAAUGAUCAGCGAAGAGCUGGCCCAGGUCCUGCAGGAUGAGUCCAGCUACGAGAAGGAUUUGACAGACCCCAUCUCCAAGGAACGGCUGAGCUACAAGGAGGCCAUGGGGCGCUGCCGGAAAGACCCCCUGAGCGGCCUGCUUCUCCUCCCCGCCGCGCUGGAGGGGUACCGCUGCUACCGCUCAGCCUCUCCCACCGUACCACGCUCCCUGCGUUGAGGGGGCCUCGCAGUCAUGGCAGUGUGUGUGUUGGGGGGCUGGGUAAGAUGCAUGCACCCCCUCGUCCCCAGAGCAGCCUAAUCCGAGGCAGUGGGUGUUCGCUCUGUCUGACCAGUAUUUUAUUACUCAGACAUUCAUGGUGUUGGGCUCCCUCCCUGAACCUUGGUCCUGGAUCCUUCCCCAGACCAGGUGCUCAGCAGCUCAGUUUUUCCUCCCUCCUCCCCGAUCCAAUGCUUCCAAUAAAUGAAUUCUUCC